AGGAGGGGAGGCAAUCAUCCUCUUUCGGUAUGGAGGAUGCCGACCUUGGCGAAAAAGAGCCUAAAAGGUCCUACUAGGUAUCCCGGAAGUCCUGGCGAACAAAUGGAACAGGUGUCCAGCAGGAAUGUGUUGAUGGCCGUUUUCCGAGCAGGCAGUAGAAGAAAUGCUCCAGCCACGGGUCCUAGCCGCGGAAUCGGAAGCAAGUCCCCUCCCCCCCGAGGCGGAAGCAGAGGUGCUGGAGGCGCGAGUUUCCAAUCUUUCCUUGCCUGCACGCUCUUCGAGCACUCGUUGGAGAUCUUGACAUGAGGGUCGCGGCUUUAAUCAGUGGUGGGAAAGACAGCUGCUAUAAUAUGAUGCAAUGUGUUGCUGCUGGGCAUCAGAUUGUUGCUUUAGCAAACCUAAAACCAGGUAAAAACCAAGUGGGAACAGAUGAACUGGAUAGUUAUAUGUAUCAGACAGUGGGACAUCAGGCCAUUGAACUAUUUGCUGAAGCAAUGGCUCUCCCAUUAUAUCGUCAAACUAUCAAAGGAACCAGUAUGGAGACUGGACGAAUAUAUACCAGAUGUGAAGGUGAUGAGGUUGAAGAUCUCUAUGAACUUUUGAAAUAUGUUAAGGAAAAGGAAGAAAUAGAUGGUAUAUCUGUUGGAGCUAUUCUUUCUGACUAUCAACGAGUUCGAGUGGAAAAUGUAUGUAAAAGGCUUGAUCUUCAACCUUUAGCUUACCUUUGGCGUCGAAAUCAGGAAGAUUUGCUUAAAGAAAUGAUAUUAUCUGAUAUCCAAGCCAUGAUCAUCAAAGUAGCAGCUUUUGGCUUAGAUCCUGAUAAACAUCUUGGAAAAACACUGGAUCAAGUGGAGUCUGAUCUUUCUGAGUUGUCCAAGAAGUAUGGUGUCAAUGUAUGUGGAGAAGGAGGAGAAUAUGAAACAUUCACUUUGGAUUGCCCUCUAUUUAAAAAGAAAGUAGUUGUAGAUUCAUCAGAAGUAAUUUUGCAUUCAGCUGAUGCCUUUGCACCUGUGGCUUACCUUCGUUUUUUAGAAUUACAUUUAGAAGAAAAGCAGUUGACAUCCCCAGACAAACUUCUUGCAUUUAAUUGCUCAUGUGAAAUGGAAUGUAAUGAGGAUCAUAUUUCAGCUAUCACAGAAGACAUCCAAGAUGAAAUCCCACCUGUCAUCUGGAAAUCAUCAGAUCCCCCACUUUUACAGUUCUGUAAGAAAUCAGAGUGUUCAGGAAAAUCUCCAAAUGGUUACCAGUGGAUUAAGUGCAUCACAGCCUCUUUUCUUCCAUCAGACCAAAAAAAUGUUAUGGAUGCAGCAACUGAAGCCUUUUCUUCUCUCCAAGCUAUUAUCAUUGCAAAAGGAUUGGAACUGAAAGAUAUUAUUUUGGUUUAUAUGUAUGUCAGAAACAUGGAAGAUUUUUCUGCUAUAAAUUCAGCAUACAUGAAAAUGUUCAAUUUAUAUCCACCCACAAGGGUUUGUGUAGAAGCUUUGCUGCCAGAUGAACAAUUUUUUUCAAUUGACUGUCUCAUUCACAAGUACAGUGUGAUGAUUGGUGAAGUACUCCCUCCCACCAAAGAAGUGAUGCAUGUGCAAAGUAUUUCUCACUGGGCACCUGCUAACAUUGGACCUUACAGUCAGGCCAUCAAGGUUGGAGAAAUCCUUUACAUUGCUGGACAGAUUGCCUUAGUACCUUGCACAAUGAAGCUUGUGGGUGGAGGAAUCUGGACUGAAGCUCAUGUAUCACUAAGGCACACCCUGAAAAUUCUUAAAGCCAUGAGCCAGGAAGCUACACUCCACCAUGUCCUACUGGCACAUUGUUAUGUAACCAGUAGCAAGUACAUUCCAGCUGCUCUUGCCACGUGGAGAGAGAAUUUGAGAACACAUAAAAAGGAAGAAGACUAUGAGACCUGUGGUAUCACCAGUGAAACUAAUGGAAUCCUGGUAACUGUGGUAGUACCCCGUCUUCCUAGAGAUUCUGCAAUUGAGUGGCAUGUCAUCGCAGUGGUGGAUGAACCAUUUCAAAGAAAGCAUUUUGUAUUGGAGAAGAAGUCUGAGGGUUGUCUAAUUGAGUGUGAAGCUGUCGAAUCCACUUCUGCUUCCUGUGCUUCCAUCUCUAUUUCUCUGAGUUGGAUGUCAUUCGCUGCUUCUUUGCCAGAUUUAAAAAAGGUUCUUCAAGAUUUUGUGGCUGUCUUCUUGCAGGCAAUGGGGAGACUAUCUGGAGACAACGGUAUAAUGCCACUAUCCUUUAGGACUUUUUAUAAGAAAGACAGCAUCGACGUCACAACCCUGCAUACAGGACUCCAGGCAUUGCUGGAAGAACAGAUGGACGCGGUCCCUGCACUUGUUCUGGUACCUGUGACUGAUUUACCCAAAAGAGAAAUUAUCCACGUGGCCUGCUGGCUUAGUGCUUAGCCCAUAGCUCUGAGAACAAGCGCUGCUAUGAUUUCCUGGGAAAGAAAGAAACAUUUAUACUAAUUGUAUUCUGUCUUGUCUUUUAAUUUUUUGGUUGCCAGUUUAUUAAUGAUUUUUUAACCAUUGCUAUCACUUCCCAAUGACUACUCCUUCAUACACAACCCCCCCAAAUAAUCUUCUCUUACGAAAAGUGCAGUUAACAAAAUAAAUUACUAUAUUGUCCA